AAUCCUGGAGCCAGAAGAGAGGACAGCGGCAUUGAUCAAUCUUACAGCUAACAUGUUGUACCUGGAAAAUAAUGCCCAGACUCAAUUUAGUGAGCCACAGUACACGAACUUGGGGCUCCUGAACAGCAUGGACCAGCAGAUUCAGAAUGGCUCCUCGUCCACCAGCCCGUACAACACAGACCAUGCGCAGAACAGCGUCACGGCGCCCUCGCCCUACGCGCAACCCAGCUCCACCUUCGACGCCCUCUCGCCGUCGCCAGCCAUCCCCUCCAACACUGACUACCCGGGUCCGCACAGCUUCGACGUGUCCUUCCAGCAGUCCAGCACUGCCAAGUCGGCCACCUGGACGUAUUCCACUGAACUGAAGAAACUGUACUGCCAAAUUGCCAAGACGUGCCCCAUCCAGAUCAAGGUGAUGACCCCACCUCCUCAGGGCGCUGUCAUCCGUGCCAUGCCCGUCUACAAGAAAGCUGAGCAUGUCACCGAGGUGGUCAAACGGUGCCCCAACCAUGAGCUGAGCCGUGAAUUCAAUGAGGGACAGGUUGCCCCUCCUAGUCAUUUGAUUCGAGUAGAAGGGAACAGCCAUGCCCAGUACGUAGAAGACCCUAUCACAGGAAGACAGAGUGUGCUGGUACCUUAUGAGCCACCCCAGGUUGGCACUGAAUUCACAACGGUCUUGUACAAUUUCAUGUGCAACAGCAGUUGUGUUGGAGGGAUGAACCGUCGUCCAAUUUUAAUCAUUGUUACUCUGGAAACCAGAGAUGGGCAAGUCCUGGGCCGACGCUGCUUUGAGGCUCGGAUCUGUGCUUGCCCAGGAAGAGACAGGAAGGCCGAUGAAGACAGCAUCAGAAAGCAGCAAGUCUCGGACAGCACAAAGAACGGUGAUGGUACGAAGCGCCCUUUUCGUCAGAAUACACAUGGCAUCCAGAUGACAUCCAUCAAGAAACGAAGAUCUCCAGAUGAUGAACUCUUAUACUUACCAGUGAGAGGCCGUGAGACUUACGAAAUGCUGUUGAAGAUCAAAGAGUCCCUGGAACUCAUGCAGUAUCUUCCUCAGCACACGAUUGAAACAUACAGGCAGCAGCAACAGCAGCAGCACCAACAUUUACUUCAAAAACAGACUUCGAUGCAGUCUCAGUCUUCAUACGGUAACAGCUCCCCACCUCUGAACAAAAUGAACAGCAUGAACAAGCUGCCAUCCGUGAGCCAGCUUAUCAACCCUCAGCAGCGCAACGCCCUCACUCCCACCACUAUUCCCGAUGGCAUGGGAGCCAACAUUCCUAUGAUGGGCACCCACAUGCCAAUGGCUGGAGACAUGAAUGGACUCAGCCCCACCCAGGCCCUCCCUCCCCCACUCUCCAUGCCAUCCACUUCUCACUGCACCCCCCCACCUCCGUACCCCACAGAUUGCAGCCUUGUCAGUUUCUUAGCGAGGUUGGGCUGUUCAUCAUGUCUGGACUAUUUCACGACCCAGGGGCUGACCACCAUCUAUCAGAUUGAGCAUUACUCCAUGGAUGAUUUGGCAAGUUUAAAAAUCCCUGAGCAGUUCCGACAUGCCAUCUGGAAGGGCAUCCUGGACCACCGGCAGCUCCAUGACUUCUCCUCCCCUCCCCAUCUCCUGCGGACCCCAAGUGGUACCUCCACAGUCAGUGUGGGCUCCAGUGAGACCCGCGGUGAGCGUGUUAUUGAUGCUGUGCGCUUCACCCUCCGCCAGACCAUCUCCUUCCCACCCCGCGAUGAGUGGAAUGACUUCAACUUUGACAUGGAUGCACGUCGCAACAAGCAACAGCGUAUUAAAGAGGAGGGAGAGUGAGCACUAAUGUCUGAGCUCUUUUUGUUCUCUUCCCAUCUGCCUAGCUCCCUACAAGGCACUACUGCUUGACCUUCCAAACGUUCUCCCUAUCUCCUUCCUCUUCUCAGUCUAGUUUUUUAAGGGAAGGAGAAGAGGCUACUUUUUGCCUAAUUUCCACCCUGAUUCUGGCUUUAAGCCCUCAAAUCUAUUGCUUGACAGAACUAAAGUUGUCACAGCAAGGUAGAAGGGGGCCAAAAAAGCAGUGGGUAUCUUCGUCAGCUGCAGAGAUGUCUCAUUGACUUUUAUAAAGCAUUUUCACCCUUAUAGUCUAAGACUAUAUAUAUAAAUAUAUAAAUAUAUGAUAUAUAUUUUUGAGUGGGGGCAUUGAGUAUUGUUAAAAUGUAAUUUAAAGGAAAGGAAAUUGAGUUGCACUUAUUGACUUUUUUUUAAUUUACUUGCUUUGGAUAGUUUAUCUAUACCUCUUCUCUCAAGGGGUAUCAUGUAUGUUAAUACAUAUCUAGAGCUUGAUGGUAUGUGUAAGUGACAAUGAUGUAUAGAUUUCUUAAGUUCUUUUGAUGUUAAACACAGGCCACAUCAAAUCUUUGGCUAGAGCCACUUGUAUUUACCAUUGCUUAUUACGUGGGUGAAACUGUAUACAUAUGUACAUGAUUCUCAGUGUUGGUGUAUUAUGUGUUACUGCCAUUCCUACUAGUGAUGGUGGUUCACUUUGGGAUUAUUUAGUUCAAUUUCAAGAAAAAGUUUAUAUUCACAUUAUCACACGCUAGAGAAAGAAAAUACCCUCUCUUGUUUUAGGUUGGGAAUGAAGAAUAUGGAGUAUAGCUAAAAUUUUUAAAAGGUCCAUGGCCAGUUCAAAAAUACCUGGUAUCAUGUAUCUGGGGAUGUAUUAGCAGUUCCCUUAAAUUCACUACCAAACACCUGAUCUCUUGGCAUUUAUUGGAAAAACAUCUGCUGCCAUUAUAAAAGCAUUAUAACUAAAUUUUACUAGUAGAUUGACUAACUCACUUACACCUUUGCUACCCUUGAUAGAAUUAAGUUUGAGUUG